AUGCAAUGUAUGGCGCGACUCAUAGUUUCUCGGCUUUUGGUCAAGGACCGCAACAUAGUGGUCCCUCAGUUGGUCCAACUCAAGCACCGCUUCCAACCCACCAUGGACAUCCAUCUAACAGCCCGUCAUUUGGGUCAAACCAAGCGUUCUCUCCAACUCCCCAAGGACAGCCUAUCAGCCCCUCCACCAUCCCGAACCAAACAUCGUUCGCUAGCGGACAAACUGAGCCUGACCAACUCUCCCAGUAUUCCACCAGCUGCGCCAAAAGAGAAGGUCAAACGUUCGAUAUACGUUCCAACUGAAGAACACAAGGCUACUCGGAGAGCCAACAAGAUUCACGUUUAUCUUAAAGACCAGACCAUCCAGAGGCAACCAGACCACAACUUCCAGAUCGUCACCACGUCAGCCCUAUAUGCCAUAGACCAGGUGCCUUUGGUUUUGGCAUGCUUGGACAAGUGGAUGUUCCGACCAGGCGAUCUCUGGAUCAACAAACACCUCGAAAACCUCGCCAAAACCAAAGUCUGGUUCUUAAACACACAAAAUCAGUGGGUUGAGGUGACGAAGAGCUAUUUUGAAGACAACGCAGCAACCUAUCACCCUGUACUGGAACAUACCCAUGUUCUCACGCAUACGAAGAACAGAAGAGAAGAGCCAGCAUGGCUCACGAAGAAGCAAUUCUUCAAGCGCAGGGAUCAGGAGAUGUACGUUAACCCACCAUGGCCACCAAUACCGGGAAGUUCGUCGGAAAUUAGGGCUAAGUCCCCCGCUCCCAAUUGA